GAAUACGUUUCUCUUGCAAAUAAAUUCAAGAAUCGAGCCCCAGGUCUCUUAUUGAACAACACUGAUAACAGCACAGUUCUAUUGGCUACAUUUGAUUACUCGUUUACUUUUUAAUACAGCUAUGGCGUCUACGAUUUUUUAUUUUUUCUCUUUUCUUCUCUUAAAUACUUGGAAAGAGAGAAAUCAAUUGUAUAUAAUAGUUAUCUUUAUUUUAAGUGCAGAAAGUGUAAUGUAGUACAGUUAAAAAGAACAAUAUUUCAUAGAUUUGUUGUGCGGCACAUAACCUUAAAAUGUCUGCCGCCUGAUGUGCGUUCUUUCGAGGAAGUUAUAGCAUAAAGUACGACAUAAUAUUAAAAAAUAGUAAAGGAUUAAUUUUGUAAAGAAAUUUAAUCGUUUUUGGCGAAAUGUCGUCUAGGAAAAAGAACGAUACGCAAGUACCGGCUGAGGAGAGCGAUCUGCUCUCCAUCCGGCCCCUCGGUGCGGGCCAGGAAGUUGGUAGGUCAUGUAUCAUGUUGGAAUUUAAAGGGAAGAAAAUCAUGCUAGACUGUGGUAUCCAUCCCGGCCUUUCGGGGAUGGAUGCCCUCCCGUUCGUCGAUCUAGUUGAGGCCGACGAGAUCGAUCUGCUGUUGAUCUCGCACUUUCACCUGGACCACUGUGGAGCGCUGCCCUGGUUUCUGCUGAAGACGAGCUUCAAGGGCCGCUGCUUCAUGACGCACGCCACCAAGGCGAUUUAUCGCUGGCUACUGUCCGACUACAUCAAGGUGAGCAACAUAGCCACUGAGCAGAUGUUAUACACAGAAUCCGAUCUGGAGACCAGCAUGGAUAAGAUAGAAACGAUCAACUUUCACGAGGAGAAAGACGUAUUUGGGAUUAAAUUCUGGGCGUACAACGCAGGCCACGUGCUGGGCGCUGCUAUGUUCAUGAUAGAGAUUGCCGGCGUGAAGAUUCUAUACACGGGAGACUUCAGCCGGCAGGAAGACAGGCAUUUGAUGGCCGCUGAGAUCCCAAACAUCCAUCCGGAUGUGUUGAUCACGGAGUCCACCUACGGUACGCACAUCCACGAGAAGCGGGAGGAUCGCGAGGGCAGAUUUACGAAUCUUGUGCAUGAGAUCGUUAACAGGGGCGGCCGAUGUCUGAUUCCGGUGUUCGCCCUGGGUAGAGCGCAGGAGCUCCUUCUCAUUCUGGACGAGUAUUGGAGCCAGCACUCAGAGUUGCACGAGAUCCCGAUCUAUUAUGCCUCUUCUCUGGCGAAGAAGUGCAUGGCUGUCUAUCAGACAUAUGUGAAUGCCAUGAAUGACAAGAUCAGACGGCAGAUAGCCAUUAACAAUCCCUUUGUGUUCAAACACAUCUCUAAUCUGAAGGGAAUCGAUCACUUCGAGGACAUUGGGCCGUGUGUGGUGAUGGCCUCGCCUGGUAUGAUGCAGAGUGGCUUGUCCAGAGAAUUAUUCGAAUCUUGGUGCACAGAUGCGAAAAACGGCGUAAUAAUAGCUGGUUAUUGCGUGGAGGGUACGCUAGCCAAGACGAUUCUGUCCGAGCCAGAGGAAAUUACGACUAUGUCUGGGCAAAAAUUGCCGCUGAAGAUGUCCGUCGACUACAUAUCAUUUUCAGCGCACACCGAUUAUCAACAAACGUCGGAGUUCAUACGUACGCUGAAACCACCGCACGUAGUGCUGGUACAUGGUGAGCAGAAUGAGAUGGGUCGAUUGAAGGCAGCGUUGCAGCGAGAAUACGAGGAUGAUCCCAGCACCACCAUGGAGAUACACAACCCGCGAAAUACGGUCGCGGUUGAGCUCUAUUUCCGGGGUGAGAAGACCGCCAAGGUGAUGGGCAUGUUGGCGAUGGAAACCCCGAGACCGGGACAGAAGUUGUCUGGUGUGUUGGUAAAGAGGAACUUCAAUUAUCACAUGUUGGCGCCGUGCGACUUGUCCAAGUACACGGACAUGAGCAUGAGCCAGGUCAUACAACGGCAGAGUGUAUACUUCUCCGCAUCGCUGCCCGUGCUGAAGCACCUGUUGACGCAGAUAGCCGGCAGCCUGGAAGUCGUGGACGACAAGAAGCUGAGGGUGUUCAAGAACGUUGAUGUCACAAUCGACGGGAAGAUCGUCACGAUGGAGUGGAUGGCGACGCCGGUGAACGACAUGUACGCGGAUUCUGUUCUGACCGCGAUUCUACAAGCCGAGCUAAUGGACCAGUCGCCAAAGGUUUUGCCCGCCCCGACGAAGAUGGACAGGAUGCACUUCAAGGAGUGUCUCAUCGAGAUGCUACAAGAGAUGUUCGGCGAAGAUUCGGUGCCCAAGAUAUUUAAAGGCGAGAAACUCUACGUCACGGUGAACGGUAAAAAAGCGCAUAUAGAUCUGCUUAAUUUGGAGGUGACCAGCAAAGAGGACGAGACCUUCCAGCAGAUAGUGCAAACAGCAGUAACCAAGUUGCAUCAGUCGUUGGCACCACCUUGUGAUGUAAUAUAGCGUAAAUAGAUAUUUUCAUAUAAUCGCUAUAAUAAAUAUCAUAUUAUACUGUUAAUAAUAUAUUUAUUCUUUGUAAACAAUUGACAGUGUCCCGUGUAUUCGUACAAGUAAUUUUAGUAUUGUAACUCGUCCAUUAUAAAUUACAUUAUAUCAUAACGAUAAUCUCUUAUAUUAUUCUAUAAAGAUUAUACAUUAUGAA